CAAGUUUCAUUUUUUUUUACCUUUUUUGUUUUGCGUGUGUUUAUGUUUUUGUAACAAUAUCUGAAGGUUAUGUCUCAAAACAUGAAAAGGGGUUGUUGAGAGAUAUGUAUUUUCCGCCUUUUAUUUGGUCACAUUGUUCAUCCUCUGUAAAUAACAGAAGGUUUUAUUUAUUUAUUUUUUUGCUUUUUUUUUUUUGUGUUUAUCACUGUGGGAGGUAUGUGUUAUGUAUUGUCAGGAGUUUCUUUUCCAAAUUUCUUUUCAGGUUUUGAAAUAUUGAUUGGAAGAAUUUAUAUAGGGAUUAUGGACCAAGCAAUAAGCAAAGGCAGUGGUGAGAUUUUGAAUCAUGUUGAUGAAAGGGUGGAUGAGGAUUUGAACCAAUUGGUUGAAGGAAAAGCAAUUGAUGCAGGAGCUGGACAUAGCUUGGGUGAAGGAGUUAGUGUAAGUGGAGAAGAUGGGACUUCAGAAGAGAUGUGCAAUGAUCUUAGAUUGAAGAAAGAGCUAAAGGAGGGACCUCAAGAAGUUAAUGAUCAGAACAUGGGUGACCCACAAGAAAUUAAUGAUACAUUGCAUGGGGUUGAUCAAGGAACUAGUUAUAGUUCAAGAGAUUUGGUUAGUGGGGAAGUACCUGAGACUUGUGUUGUAAUAGAUCCUUUUACUCAGAUUGAGUGUGUCAAUGGAGAUAAUAGGAAAUUGGAAGCAAAACCUAAGGAAUCAGGGUUGAACAAGGUGUCCAUGAAAGUGACAAAAGGGGUGUCUGAGACUGAUAAAAAUUCAUGUGUGAUUGAUAUAAACCGUGGCAGCUGUGAUGGCUUUAGCGAGAAUUUGGAAGGUGAAAUGAUUUGUAGGAUUUGCCAUCUGGCCUCUGGGCAACGAUUGGAAGCAGCAGAUGUUGGCACUGCAAGUAGUGCUACUACUAAUACAGAUUUGAUUCAGCUCGGUUGUGCAUGUAAAGAUGAGCUAGGGAUUGUGCAUAGUCAUUGUGCUGAGGCAUGGUUCAAGCUUAAAGGAAACAGGACCCUUCAGAAUUUGAAAGCUGUUGGGUGGGGGAAGCUCUAUCAGUACUUUUUUUCCAUUCACAUCCUAUGUACUUGUUGUGUGAAAUAUGUGGUGAGACUGCAAAAAAUGUUUCGGAUGUUACGGAUAAUGGAUUUAUUGAAGAGUGGAAUGAUACUAGAUUCAUGGACAGUGAUAAUACCUCAUCCAGAAGGUUUGGUGGAUGCUUGUGCGGACAACCAUUUUGUAACUUCUUAAUGGCAUGCCUGGUAAUAGCUUUUGUUCUGCCAUGGUUCUUCCGUGUAAAUAUGUUCUAGUGGAGGAGUCAAACACUAUUCUUUCCUUCAAAUCUUCAUCCCUGCCUAAAUGAUGAGUGCAUCAUUGGUUCCUUGCAUAUUCUUUUUCUGAAGGGGUGGUAAUGCUUAACCAUGACCAACUUCACAUUUCUCAGGGUAUGUAGUUCCCUGAAGCCUUGAAAUUUGGUUGUAAAGAAACUUACCAACUUGGCAAGUUAUGGCCAAAUUGUUUCCCAAUUGCAUUCUUUUGAUUGGAGUGCGUGUGGCGUACUGAGAUAUAUAUAUAACUGCGGGAUUCAAUUUAUGAAGGAGUAAAGCAAAGAAGAUAUUGUACUUGUGGCAUAAAUGCUAAGUUAGAAACAGUACAUUAUUCGCUGUAAAACAAUCAAACAUAAAGAGCCUCUCCUUGAUUUUCCUUCUCUCUUUUUCGUUUUUUCACCUUUUUCUUUCUUUCUUUAAUAAUCUCUGUACACUUGUCUGCUAAUAUAAAGUUCAAAGAAUCCAAUGUCAUUUGUUGUCA